UUAGAUGUGGCUGUCCAUCUCUUGUAGUUCCCACUAUGAGCAAAAUUACUCCAGCACCUGAAGAUGGAGUUAUUUUGAACGUUGAAGAAACUGAAGAAGUAAAAAAAGAAAAUGGUGCAGAUUCCCAGAUGAAGACCGAGGAAGAGAAACUAGUACAAAACAAUGAACCAUCCACAAGCUCUGGCUCUGAAUGUUCUAAGACCAUUAAAAAUGAAGCCUCCACCUGCACACUGCAAGAACUUCAAGCCAGGCAGUAUCUAAAGAAGAAUACAGCCACCUUCUGGCCACACAACUGGCGGAGCAAGUUGUGCACCUGUAAAGAAUGCAUGGUAUAGCUAAAAAUUCAUAUUUAAUUCUGUAGUCCUCAC